AUGAUAAACUUUGUGGAUACAUACGAAGAAUAAAAACUAGAAUUGUUUGAAGAAGAGCCUGAACUAUUUGGUCUUGUGAGUUCUCCAAAUACUCUUAUUUUGUCGGAUCAAGGGUUAAGCACUUGUGUAGAUUAAGGUAAAUAAUAUAUCAUAAGUCUUUCGUUAGAUUCGAAUUUAUCGACUCCACAACAGCAAGAAAUUCAAAAAAUAAAAUUACCAAUUCAAAGAAGACGUCCUCCAAAAAGAAUAUAAUACACCUAUCACAAGAAAAAGAAGCGCCCUGCCCCUAAACCUAUUAUCCACAUAAAAGAAAAUGGAUUGAAGGUGUGUCUUGUCAUGGAGAAACCCAAAUCUAACGCCCAUCCUUUCUCUAAUGUUGAAGAUAAGAGAAUUUUGGAGCUUGUUCUUAAGAUAGGACCAAAGUUUUAUAAAAUAUCAAAGUCAUUUCCAGGCAAGAGUGUCAGCAUGGUGAAGAAUCGUUACUACAAAUACCUUCGUUAUAGAUGGGAUUAAGUUAUGGGAAGGUAAUUUGAAUUUAACUACCAUUUAGUGAGUAUAGCCACAUGAAUUCUCUUCCAGAAGAUCAACCCUAUGAAAGCUAAAGAUCGAAUGAUAUCAAUGAUGAACUUGAUUCCGACUGCUGA